AUGAUACGAUGUUCUAGCCAUUGUGAAUAUAAUACGCCUGAUGAUGAUGAUGAUACCAUAACAAGCCAAGAUGAAGGGAUGUACUAUUGUUAUGAAGUACUUUAUGGGAAAAUAUCUUCAAGAAUGCAUAAAAGGUGGCAAAAUGAUGGGUUGUUGUACUGUCAGAAACGUUCGGUUAUAUUGCAAACGGAGUAUGGUGAAGAAGUUGCAAGGGCAAGUGGUUAUUCAGUAAAGCAACUGAGCGAAUUGAAGAGGGGCAGUCGGCUGAAAGUUAAUAAUUAUGAAUUGGAGGUGCAAGCUGAACUGAACUCACGGAAGCCUGCAGUUCGUGGGAUUAAAAACACUGAAAAUCAACCAACUGCUGAAGUGGAAAAUAGUGCAGUAGAUGACGAGAAUCCAAAAAAAGGAAGAGGAAAUACUGGUCAAAAUUUCAUUUCACCAUUGUUUGGUCGAGAUGACCCUUUGGACUUCGUGUUGGAUGAGACAAAUGAUGAUGAUAAUGGUUCUGUACGACGAAUCGCCGUGGAUAUGCGCAUUGCUAGCUGUUUGAGACCACAUCAAAAAGAUGGCAUCUCUUUCAUAUACAAAUGUUUAAAGGGCUCUCAUGGUGGAGCUAUUCUUGCUGAUGAGAUGGGUUUGGGUAAAAGUGUGCAGACUAUUUCGUUGAUAACCGCUUUGAUCAAAAAGCGAUUAAAUCAAAAAACCAGUAAUUCGGAAAUGUAUCAUCGUAGUACCGACAUCAUUGCUGAAUAA